GUCCCAUUCGUUGUUGGACUGUCAAAGUGCUUAGUUGAACUUCUCCAAUCAAUUUUUAAGCUGAGAUUUUCUGGUUUGCCAAGUCAGCAUCUUAACACAACCGUGAAAUUUUAAAAACGCUUCUAGUGCGUCAAUUUACGAAUUUAGAUUUUGUUUUAAACUAAACUUCAAAAAGAAAACAAAAUGUGUGACGAAGAAGUUGCUGCCUUGGUUGUUGACAAUGGUUCCGGUAUGUGCAAGGCCGGUUUCGCUGGUGAUGAUGCACCCCGCGCUGUCUUCCCUUCAAUUGUGGGUCGCCCACGUCAUCAAGGUGUGAUGGUUGGUAUGGGACAAAAGGACUCGUAUGUCGGUGAUGAAGCACAGAGCAAACGUGGUAUCUUAACCCUGAAAUACCCCAUUGAACACGGUAUUGUAACCAACUGGGAUGAUAUGGAAAAAAUCUGGCAUCACACCUUCUACAAUGAACUGCGUGUCGCUCCCGAGGAACACCCAGUCCUGUUGACUGAAGCCCCAUUGAAUCCAAAGGCUAACCGUGAGAAGAUGACACAGAUCAUGUUCGAAACCUUCAACACACCCGCCAUGUAUGUGGCCAUCCAGGCCGUACUUUCCCUGUAUGCUUCUGGUCGUACCACUGGUAUUGUGCUGGAUUCUGGUGAUGGUGUCUCCCACACUGUUCCCAUCUACGAAGGUUAUGCCCUGCCACAUGCUAUCCUUCGUUUGGAUUUGGCUGGUCGCGAUUUAACCGACUACCUAAUGAAGAUCUUGACUGAACGUGGUUACUCAUUCACAACCACUGCCGAACGCGAAAUUGUUCGUGAUAUUAAGGAAAAAUUGUGCUAUGUCGCACUCGACUUCGAACAAGAGAUGGCCACCGCUGCAUCCAGCUCGUCAUUGGAGAAAUCAUAUGAAUUGCCCGAUGGUCAAGUGAUCACCAUUGGCAAUGAACGUUUCCGCUGCCCAGAAGCUCUCUUCCAACCAUCAUUCUUGGGUAUGGAAGCCUCCGGUAUCCACGAAACCACAUACAACUCCAUCAUGAAGUGUGAUGUUGACAUCCGUAAGGAUCUGUAUGCCAACACUGUGCUUUCUGGUGGUACCACCAUGUACCCAGGUAUUGCUGACCGUAUGCAAAAGGAAAUCACCGCUUUGGCUCCAUCAACAAUGAAGAUCAAGAUCAUUGCACCACCAGAACGCAAAUACUCCGUAUGGAUCGGUGGUUCUAUCCUUGCUUCUUUGUCUACCUUCCAACAGAUGUGGAUCUCGAAACAAGAAUACGACGAAUCCGGCCCAUCAAUUGUGCACAGGAAAUGCUUCUAAACUGGUUAAUGGUAUUUUACAUAACAUAACCAAACAAAAUUCUAGAAUUUUAAAGCAUUUUUUUAAGUUUUCAUUCAAAUGUAUUAUUUUCUAAUUAUUUAAAAUGUUACAAAAACUUGAGAGGAAAGAAUAAGAUUGGCAAACUCUUCUUGUCAUCCAUUCGUCUACAUACGAGUGGGACAUGAGGGGGACAUUAUAACCAAAAAUCUAAAAUGUCGAUUUUUUUCUUUAUUUGGAAGUUUUCUAAAUUCAAGCGUACACAAAUUAAUGAGUUCCAUAUGAAGUUAGAUACAUCUUCAUUAAUGCAUAAACACACAUUUCACAAAAUGUUUUCAUUACAUUUACAUUUGUAUUCAUGUGCACCAUAAGCAUAAAAAGACGUUUUGUGUUCUAAUUCAUAAACACCAAGUUAGUGCUCAAAUAGAAGCUUACGCAUGCGUAAAUAAAUUCGUAGCUUCAAAAUGACGCAACUUUCCAUUUUUAUACUUGCAAACAAUGUAAUGAAUAUUUUUAAUUUCAUUUUGAUUUUAAUUACAUGCGUAUUGAUUUUCUUACGCUAAAAUGUUAAUUAAACAAAAAAUUACUAAAGACUUGAACAACAAAAAUAUUAAUAAAAAAGAAAUAUUUUCUUAAACAAGAAAGA